AUGUUACCAUCAGAGAGAAAUAAAAGUGGGGCCACAUUCACUCUCCUGGGCUUCUCAGAUUACCCAGAGCUUCAAGUCCCUCUCUUCUUGAUUUUUCUGGUCAUCUACAGUGUCACUGUUGUAGGGAAUAUUGGGAUGAUUGUAAUAAUUAAAGUUAAUCCCAAACUGCACACCCCCAUGUACUUUUUCCUCAGCCACCUCUCAUUUGUGGAUUUCUGCUACUCCUCCAUUGUUGCUCCCAAGAUUUUGGUGAACCUAGUUGUAGAAGACAGAACCAUUUCAUUUCUAGGAUGUAUAGUACAGUUCUUUUUUUUUUGUACCUUUGUGGUAACGGAAUCCUUUUUAUUAGCUGUGAUGGCCUAUGACCGCUUUGUGGCCAUUUGCAACCCUCUGCUCUACACGGUUGCCAUGUCCCAGAAGCUCUGUGCCGUGCUUGUGGUCGGCUCGUAUGCGUGGGGCAUAGCGUGUUCCUUGAUACUCACAUGUUCUGCUAUCAAAUUAUCAUUUUGGGGUUUCAACACAAUCAACCACUUCUUCUGCGAGUUCUCCUCAUUGCUGUCCCUCUCUUGCUCUGAUACAUACAUCAACCAGUUGCUGCUUUUCAUUUUUGCCACCUUUAAUGAGGUCAGCACACUACUCAUCAUUCUUAUGUCCUAUGUAUUCAUCAUUGUCACCAUACUCAAGAUGUGUUCAGCCAGCGGUCGCUGCAAAGCCUUCUCCACCUGUGCCUCCCACCUGACGGCCAUCACCAUUUUCCAUGGGACCAUCCUCUUCCUCUACUGCGUGCCCAGCUCCCAGAACUCUAGGCACACUAUCAAAGUGGCGUCUGUGUUUUACACGGUGGUGAUCCCCAUGUUGAACCCCCUCAUCUACAGCCUGAGGAAUAAGGAUGUCAAGGAUACAGUCAGCAAGAUAGUGGACACGAAAAUCUUCUCUUUUUGA